GAAGUCCUGCGGCCAUGGCAUCGGCGGCAGGCGGGGCGGCCUACUUCCAGAAGGGCUCUCUAACCUGGUUCGCAGUCAUCUUCCUCGCCUUUGGCUACUACACAUGGGUUGUCUUCUGGCCUCAGAGUAUCCCGUAUCAGAGCCUCGGGCCCCUGGGUACCUUUACUCAGUACUUGGUAGACAACCAUCACACCCUCCUGCGAACCGGGUAUUGGCUUGCCUGGCUGAUUCACGUGGGCGAGUCCUUGUAUGCCAUGGUAUUGUGCAAGCAUAAAGGCAUCACAGAUGGUCAAGCUCGGCUGCUCUGGUUCCUACAGACAUUCCUAUUGGGGAUAGCAUCUCUCUCCAUCUUGAUUGCUUACAAACCAAAGCGCCAAAAACAAACUUAAAGAAGAUAUUCAAAAGGUUUCCCUACACUUUUACAUUCCAUCUCACCUUUUGUGGGGGUGGGGGGCAGUAAGGCAUUGUUUACUCAGGGAUUUUCAGCCUUCUAGAAAGUAUCCGAGCUUCAAAGCUAUUUAAGACCCACUAGUUACUCAUCUUUUACAUGGUCUGUUGAGCUUAAUAGACUAAUGUUACUUAAGAAAGAAAUAGGAAAAGACUUUAGCUUUCCAGUUCUGCAGACUAACUUGUUUAGAUGAGGGCUUUCAGCUACCAGCUUUAUGUCUGCAAACUAGUAUUUAUUUCCCUUCGUGAUACAGCAAGGCAGGUUAUUAGUAUUAAGCAAAUAUGAGAAAUAACCUCCUCCCCAAAAUAGAGCCCUCAAGUAAAAGUACCACCCUGAACAAUUAUGGAUUAUGAAUAGUUUCAAGUGGAGAUACAUUUCUGCAAACAUAUCUCAGUCUUUCCUUCUGUUUCUCUUGUGAUUAAGGUGUUGCUUUUUGGUAAGGAAAAAAGAUUUUUCUUUCCUGGAGUUAAGCAUCAUGGAAAUCGAACCCAGAUUUUUAAAAACAUGGUUCCCUCCAAAGAGAAAUAAUGACAGUUAUAUAUAUAUAUAUAUAUUAGUGGUGCUGGAAACAAUGUGAAAGAUUAUUGAGCAAAACAGAUAAACUUGAAUAAAAUUCUGUGA